AUGUCCCUAGAGUGCUCCAGUUUGUGGUCCAGACACUACCGUGCUGCCCUGCCCCCAGAACAUGCCAAACAUGUUAGUAGAAUUAAAAUAUGAAAGGCCUAGAUAGCUUUGAACUGUGGAGGAUGGGGGCUAGGCUAUCCCAUUCCAUUCAACCUGACUGGAGUAGCUGUGUUCUGUUCACCACGGACGGGGGGAAGGAUCUGGUUAACCAGGGCAGGGAUUGUGAUGGGAGUUAUGGGUAGCAGAUGGAUUGAUGGAAGAAACCACUCAGGGGGAACCUGCAGGAUGUCAUGCGUGAAACCACAGAAUGUCAUGGCUAAUACAAUCCUGCCAUCAGAAGAGUCUCUAACCAAAUAGAGCAGUUCCACCAUUACAGCAUUACAGUUAGGCUGUUACAGAACCUAAAGGCUGGAUAAUCAAAUAGAAAAGAAUCAAAGUAUGUGACCGUAUGCUGACUGUGCUCUCCUGUUCUUUCAGCUCAGGGAUGUGUGUGUGUAAGACGGGAGUGUACGGGCCCAAGUGUGACGAGUGCCACCCAGGCUUCUUCCGUUUUAGCAGCACGGGGUGCCAACCCUGCCAGUGCAACAACCUUACUAACUACUGCCACCCGCAAUCUGGUGAGUCAUCCACUACACCACACCUUCUAUCUACGAACCACAACCACAACAAUCACACUUUCUUGUUUCUGCUACACAUUAAUCCUGUUUGUGUCCAUCCCCACAGCUGUGUAUUGUUGUGUGAGUGGACACUAAAUGAUAUUGAGAGGCUUGGAGGGGGUAAAGUUGGAUGGAAUUGUAGAACCCAUCUGUUUGCCAUUGUGAUACACAGCCAGAUGGCACAGUCAUCUUUCCUGGGAUCAAUGGAGGAAUUCUGUAUAUUUACUUCCUUAGCUCAGGUCUGAUAUCAACUAGAAUGACCCUCUCAGUCAGCCAGGAAGCGUUACAUGAGAAACAUGAGCGUACAUAAAACAAAUAUUAACAGACUCUCUGUCUCUUCCAGAUUAACAUGGCAUUAACCUGUUCCAUUUCCAGAAUACUGGAAAAUCAAGCUGAUUGUUCCUACCUCUAUAGGGUGAUUGUUUUUAGAUAGGAGUGAUAGGGGUGUUCUCUAUCGAGAAGGACAGAGAAAACAGAGACAGAGAGGACGUCUGCAAUGUCCCACUAUACAGAAUAAUUUCAUAUCCCUUCUUGGUUCCUAUUCCACAGAAAACACUCAACAACUCCAUUACUAUAUAAUUACCAAUGAAAUAGUCAAUUUUAAUGUAAGUAUAAAAACAGUAUAUUAAUACAAUAGUGUUAGAGUAAUUACAGCGUUACUAAACAGGUGUAGAGUAACAGAAGAAGUUCUCCAUCCAGCCCAGGCAGAGUAAAGACCCAAGAACAGGUAACUCAACAACCUGAGGCUCAAAUUCAAAUCAACAGGAUAGCAGUAUUUGCUGCUCUAACGUGUACAAACAAAACCACCAUAGGGUUUAGGUGUGGUCAACAAAUGGCAUGUACCAUAUUUCCCACAGUUUAGAGACAUGCCCCAAGGUUCUGUUUUCAAAACAUGUGUUGGCAUAACUUUUAACAAUCAUUUUCCCUCCUUUUCCACACAGGCGUCUGUCUGAACUGCCAGGGCAACACUCAAGGACCCAACUGUGAGGAAUGCAAGCCCAGAUUCUACCGCAGCUCUGGUGCUGCCACCACCGAUGCCUGUGCCGCCUGCCUCUGCUCCAACACCACCUCCACUGGCACCUGUCACACCGGUGAGUAGCCACUAACCCCUGCCUCAGUAGUGCCCUUCUUAGUUAGGUCACCUUAUUAGAACCCUUGCCAGUCUGGUUGCUACUACUAGGCUGGUGUACCUGUCAUCAUGUCUUGGUGUGCUCUGCCUGGCAGAGAGGGAGUGACCACAGAAGGUAGUGGCCCAGGAGUACUCUUAAUGUUCCAACAGCAAAACACUAUUGACAGUCACUGCCUGGGAUGAAGGCUCUAAUCCCCAUUACCAGGGGCGCAACUUUGGUUUUAGAAGUGGGGGGGACAUUUAUUUUUCUUAUCCGGUCGGAUAAACACUCCAAACAGCCUACCUGACCGCUUGGAGGCGUCUGCAUGGUCCUAAAGCACACCAUUGCCUCGUUUUGUAUCACAUUCCAAUGAUAAAACUGGGGGGGACAAAAAUGCAAUUUCAGAAUGUUAGGCCCACCUCCCCAGUGAAAGUUGCGCCCCCGCCCAUUACUAUAGCCUCAUCCGCAAGGAUACUUCUAAUCUUUCACAGAUAAUUGCAAUUUACUUGGGAUGAUUUGUUAAAGAAUCAAUAUCUGGACCCUCUUGUUGAUGAUGUUUAAUCCCACCUAUCUGUCUUGUCCCUGCUGGUCAAGUUAUGCUUCGUCACCGAGCAUGGGUCUGCUCACAUCAACUUCAUCACAAAUGUCUGUCACAGUGUAUGUCUGUGCUCAUGUAGACACGUAUUUGAUAUUAAAAAUGAAAUGGCAAAAAUGUAGAUUUCCGCCUAAAUAGACAUACCCAAAAGUAACUGCUAUUCAUGUGUAAUUACAUGACUCUGACAUGCAAAAACUUGGAAAGAAGACAUCUGGGAGAUGAUGAGGAAAUGAUCAGAAGAUAGAUAGGAGUUACAUAGUUCAGAAUACACAAGAUCAAGCACACACAAAAUAAAUAAAAAUCUAUUUUGAAAGUGAUCUUUCAUUGACAAGCUAUAAGUAUUUGAUUGAUUGCUAGAGCUGGAAACACAUCAGAUGGUUUCCACAACAUGUGAACAAUAUCAGAAAAAAUAAUGGGAUUGAUAGACCUAACAACUAGAAAUGGGAAGAUGUUUUAGUAAGUGGUGUCAGCUGUGGUCACGGGAUGUUUCCAAGUGUCCCAAAACUUCUCCAAAGUGGAAUAUGUCUGUAAAUUAGAUAAUUCCAGUGCUAUUACAUACAGUGGGGAGAACAAGUAUUUGAUAACCUGCAAAAUCGGCAGUGUUUCCUACUUACAAAGCAUGUAGAGGUCUGUAAUUUUUAUCAUAGGUACACUUCAACUGUGAGAGACGGAAUCUAAAACAAAAAUCCAGAAAAUCACAUUGUAUGAUUUUUAAGUAAUUAAUUUGCAUUUUAUUGCAUGACAUAAGUAUUUGAUCACCUACCAACCAGUAAGAAUUCCGGCUCUCACAGACCUGUUAGUUUUUCUUUAAGAAGCCCUCCUGUUCUCCACUCAUUACCUGUAUUAACUGCACCUGUUUGAACUCGUUACCUGUAUAAAGACACCUGUCCACACACUCAAUCAAACAGACUCCAACCUCUCCACAAUGGCCAAGACCAGAGAGCUGUGUAAGGACAUCAGGGAUAAAAUUGUAGACCUGCACAAGGCUGGGAUGGGCUACAGGACAAUAGGCAAGCAGCUUGGUGAGAAGGCAACAACUGUUGGCGCAAUUAUUAGAAAAUGGAAGAAGUUCAAGAUGACGGUCAAUCACCCUCGGUCUGGGGCUCCAUGCAAGAUCUCACCUCGUGGGGCAUCAAUGAUCAUGAGGAAGGUGAGGGAUCAGCCCAGAACUACACGGCAGGACCUGGUCAAUGACCUGAAGAGAGCUGGGACCACAGUCUCAAAGAAAACCAUUAGUAACACACUACGCCGUCAUGGAUUAAAAUCCUGCAGCGCACGCAAGGUCCCCCUGCUCAAGCCAGCGCAUGUCCAGGCCCGUCUGAAGUUUGCCAAUGACCAUCUGGAUGAUCCAGAGGAGGAAUGGGAGAAGGUCAUGUGGUCUGAUGAGACAAAAAUAGAGCUUUUUGGUCUAAACUCCACUCGCCGUGUUUGGAGGAAGAAGAAGGAUGAGUACAACCCCAAGAACACCAUCCCAACCGUGAAGCAUGGAGGUGGAAACAUCAUUCUUUGGGGAUGCUUUUCUGCAAAGGGGACAGGACGACUGCACCGUAUUGAGUGGAGGAUGGAUGGGGCCAUGUAUCGCGAGAUCUUGGCCAACAACCUCCUUCCCUCAGUAAGAGCAUUGAAGAUGGGUCGUGGCUGGGUCUUUCAGCAUGACAACGACCCGGAACACACAGCCAGGGCAACUAAGGAGUGGCUCCGUAAGAAGCAUCUCAAGGUCCUGGAGUGGCCUAGCCAGUCUCCAGACCUGAACCCAAUAGAAAAUCUUUGGAGGGAGCUGAAAGUCCGUAUUGCCCAGUGACAGCCCCAAAACCUGAAGGAUCUGGAGAAGGUCUGUAUGGAGGAGUGGGCCAAAAUCCCUGCUGCAGUGUGUGCAAACCUGGUCAAGACCUACAGGAAACAUAUGAUCUCUGUAAUUGCAAACAAAGGUUUCUGUACUAAAUAUUAAGUUCUGCUUUUCUGAUGUAUCAAAUAUUUAUGUCAUGCAAUAAAAUGCUAAUGAAUUACUUAAAAAUCAUACAAUGUGAUUUUCUGGAUUUUUGUUUUAGAUUCCGUCUCUCACAGUUGAAGUGUACCUAUGAUAAAAAUUACAGACCUCUACAUGCUUUGUAAGUAGGAAAACCUGCAAAAUCGGCAGUGUAUCAAAUACUUGUUCUCCCCACUGUAUUUGCAAUCCCUAAAUGUUAUUUGUUCAGUAUAGAAACACAAUUUCUACCAUAUCAACCUCUCUAAAACAUUGUGGUGGUGUUAUGGGGGAUCGAGGGUACAUUCAAGUGUCCUUUCAACCUCUCCAAAGUGUCCGAAUGUGGCAAUUGCACUGUUUUUGCACACUGGAUGUGCCUAAAAGUUAUUGUUCACUAAAAAAACUAAAUGUCUACAACACCAACCUCGCUACGACAUCGUGGUGGUGUCGGGGGUCAUACAGGGGAUAUGGAUGCCUAACCAGGCAUCAUAUUUUUGAUGGCCAAAGAUAUAGUCACUUGGUGGACAUUCGAUGUUGCCAUUAAGUCAUACAUCCUCAGAUAACAUUGGCAAUAGGCUAGAUUUGUUCCUACCAAUCUAAGGAUUAAUUUGACACCCCCAUGUAGCGAUAGCUCAAACACAGACCAAAUCGAAGCUUACCUUGUAAGAUGUUUGCUGUUAUGUGAAAACGUUGGUUAAUUAAACAUUUUGACUCAGGGUUGGUGAUCAAUAACGGUAGGUCACAGGCAGACAAAUAACAUAUCCUCAUGAUCUGUGGAGUCCCUGCUUUCGGUGUGUAUCAAUGUAUUCCGUGUUUAUUUCAUUUAUGCUUCACAACGCUAACCGGAAUGUAGGUAGCAGCCAUUUUGAAAUGAGGUCAUCGGCUCGGCCUGCCCUUAUAAAUCUGUAUGCCCAUAUAUGGUAGUAAGUCAUACCAAAGAUUUGAAGGCACCGAUCAAUAGCCAAGAUACUCAGCUUUCCACAGACACCCUGCUUUGCAGAUAGAGGCUACCGUUCUCAUACCAGACUGAAUUGAUUUUUAAAAUUGUAUAGGGUCCUCAAAUAUGGGGACCUUACAUUUAUUAGGUUUUAAGCAUGUUUUAACCAAGCAAGCCAGCAUUAGUUUGUACCCAUACUAAACUGAUACCUCAGCAGCUGAGGCCUGAGCCUUGGCGACACAGACAUACAUAGAGUCUGUCUGUCAUUUUCUCUCACCUCCUCCCUACCUCUUAUCUGACCAAUCAGCUGCAGGCAUGUGACUGCUGACAGCCUCCCAUUGGGUCCCAGCAGCCUGGCAACAGCCAUGUGGAGAGGGUUCUGAGGCCUUUCAGGUUGUUUGCCCAGCCAGGGCUGAGUGCCGAGUGGGGCUGAACUGAGCAGCUACAUCACUGCACUGGGAGGGGAAGGGACAUACACACACCACAUGAUCCCCCUACUGCUGCCUUGUGAAGUCAAUGGAGUGUGGUGCCCACCCCCCUCGGUUAUGCUGCUGCCGGACUAGCUUGCUGUGAAGUGGCCCAGCUGUGCCCAUGAUGUUCAGUGUGCUCUAUGUUCAACUCAAACUCGGCCUGGUGUGGGUGUGUGUGCGUGGGGGGUGGAGAGGGAGAACUGGAGUGAAAAUGAAGUGUAGGCCUGUCAGUGGCUGAGCUGGCUGUAUUGCAGUAGACAGGGAGGAUGGUAAAGGUAUUGGGUAAAUAUCCAGGUCAGGUUGUACAGUAUCAGUAUGUGAAGGUUUGCCCCCCAGCCUUCACCGUGCUGACUGGGUCAUGUUCUCUCCUGGUGAUAUAACACAUAGGCUCACUCUGACUGCAGCGUUUCCACUGCCAACAGCCUGGGGUUAAAACAGACCAAUCAGACACUGCCUAUAGAUAAGAGGUGUUAGCACUCUUACACUUUAUUGGUCUAACUCUUGUCUAGGAUUUUAAUUGUGGCUUUAAAGGUGUGUCUGUUGUGGGCACAAAUAUUGUUCCCGUAAGUCUGAAAGAGUUAGAUAUGAUCUUGAGCAGACUAAAGCCUGCAGCACAAAUAUUAGGUACCAUUAAAUGUGUGGCUAUUUUCUCGAUUACCUUGUUUAGUAGGAGGGGAUCAACACUUAUGCUAAUGACAUGCAGCAAGCCUAAUUACUAUGCUCAAUAAUAUUUGGUGUCAGAGCUCCUGGCCCUUAAUGGAUGUGACAACAGCAACAGGGGAUAUAUCACAGUUAGUGAAGCCAUUGGGAGAGAAGGAAGGACACUGUAAAGUAGCAUCAUAUUACUAAGGACCAGAGGCUGGAGGAGAAAGCUGACCUGGAGGAGGAUGACUCCUGAUAAUGAGGAGUGAUGAUGAUGCUCUGAUACAAGGGAGCAGUCUUUUAAAACGGUUGAACUGAAUUUGAUUCCUGGCUGUAGAGAUGUGUGUCUGUAAGUCUCUUUGGAUAAAAGCGUCUGCUAAAUGGCAUAUUAUUAUUAUUAUUAUUAUUAUUAUUAUUAUUAUAUUAUCGUUGAAUCUUUUCUCCGAAUCUUUUGGGGUAGUUUUAAAAUGUCUCUGAUUCUUCAACAGAAACAAUCGUAUUAUUAGCUAGGAUAGUCCCAUAUGUAGCCUGGUAGACUAUUAGACACUGCCAUAGGGCUUACCCUCCGUGUUGUCUAGUAUUAGAAACCAAUCUCUUUGGCAUUCUGGUGCCACCUAGUGGUCUCUUUUAUGAUUUAUGACUGACAUGUAAUUAGUGUGUGUUUUUGUUUCUCUAGACUCUGAUGGGUUCCCAGUGUGUGACCAGUGCCUGUCUGAGUACAGCGGUCAGCAGUGUGACCGGUGCAAGGCUGGCUUCUACAGUGCCAAUGGUGUGUGUGUCCCCUGCGACUGCAGUGGGAACGCAGACCCUACGGGCCCGGCCCAGCUCUGCCACCCUGACACUGGCCACUGCCUGAGCUGCACCAUCAACACCACAGGGCCUCAAUGCCAGCUCUGUGCCCCCGGCUUCACAGGGGUAGCCCGUGCCCACAACUGCACCCGCCCAGGUAAGGGUUAUCCAAUAAUUUGGUGCAAAGGAGUAUUAGUAGUUGUGAAGUUAUUGAAUGAGCCAUGAGUAGUUCAAUUAAUUCCCAUUCACAUUGUGAAUCAUUUGUUUUCUAUCAGCACAGAUCAUUCUUAACCCAGAGCCUGCUACAACAACAGAGACCCCUAAAACUACCACUACAACCCCUGCUCCAACCCCCAGCAGCAAGGGCCUGACUACCACAGUGCCCACCAGUGCUCCCCCCUCCACCACCUCCACCACCAACUCCAGCACCCUACUGAGCGUAGCCACCACCCAGGCCCUGCUCACCAGCCUGGGCAGUCCUACAGGCAAUACCACGACCGCCCUCACAGAGGUCUCCUGGACCCAGUUCAACAUCAUCGUCCUGGCCGUCAUCAUCCUGGUAGUGGUGCUGCUGCUGGGCUUCGUGGGAGGCGUGUACACCUACAGAGAGUACCAGAAUCGCAAGCUCAAUGCUCCCUUCUGGACCAUCGAGCUGAAGGAGGACAACAUCAGCUUCAGCAGUUACCAUGACAGCAUUCCCAACGCUGACGUGUCUGGCCUGCUGGAAGACGAGGCCAACGAGGUGGCGCCCAACGGCCAGCUGGCCCUCACCACCCAGGGCAACUGCUACAAGGCCUAG